AUGUCACGUAUACAAAGUUCAACAGAAAAAUACUUUAACAAAAAUAUAUAUUUCGAUUUUCCCAUGGAUUUAAACAAGUGUAAUGAUGUUUCUAUAAACAGUAAUUAUUCCAGCGUGUGUAACCGUCUUCCACGCAUUUUGAAAAUGUACGCUAGGGAGUUAAACUGUUCUAGUGAUGAACACAAAAGUGACGGUUCUCAUAUAAGGAGUGAAAACUUACUUAAUCAUAGAACUGAACAUAUUAGUGAUAACACAUAUCUGACAAGCAUACAUCACGUAAGCGAUGCAAUAACGUCACAUAAUGAAAACUUUGCAUACCCGAAUAGUGAGAAUUUAAAUUGUUACAACUCAUCUUUAAAUAACAAUAUUUGUGGAAUCGAAAAUAGAAUUUAUUCUUCUUGCUUAACUUCAUCAAUAUUAGUAAAACAUCAUUCAACAGAGAAUUUGCGAGAUGAGGAAAGGAACAAAGGGGUGAAUUAUCAGGAAGGAUCUUAUAAUGUAUUUGACAAUCAGAUAGUUAAUUCCACGAAUAAUGAAAAUAACAGUAGGAGAAAUAACAACCAAUUUAGUACCGUUAAAAAUGGAAAAAACGAGGAAUUCGAUAUUUUUUUUGGAAAUAACUCCUCAUAUGAUAAAGGUUAUGUGAAUACAAUGAAAACUUCUUCUAAUUGUCUUCCAAUUAAAAACAGUUCAAAAAAUGAAUAUAACCUGUGUAAUAUUAACAAUUGUAGAAAUGACAAAGUCUCUUCACCCCUUGACAAAAGUUGUGUCUUGCUUGAUGUUAGUAAUGAUCCGAAAACUACAAAUAAGUAUGAGAUAAAUUAUUCUACCGCAAUUCCCCACCCAGAGUGUAUAGCACACGAAAAUGCCAAUUCUGAAAAGGAACAGGGUCUAAAUAAAUUAUCACAUAUAGAUGCUUAUAAGGUUGAACGCAUAUCAGUUUCUUCAGGUGAUGAAAUGCAUGGGAGUAAAAAAGUGUUUAACACAAAUUUGGGUUUAUUAAAUGAAGAUAAUUUAGCACUAUCCGAAAUUGCAUGUAACAGCCUUGGGGAUGGUUUAAAAAGAGUCAAAAAAUACAAUAGUGAACAAAAUUAUAAUUUUAUGGAAGAAAAAAAAGAUCGUUCAGAUUCACUUUUUAAUAAAAAAUUAAAAAGCUACUCAUUAGAUGAUAUAAAAAAGGGUAAGGUCGAAAUCCCAAGUGUUAUUUUUAUAAAGUUACCAUUUAAUUCAAAUGGUAGCAAUGUAAUAGAUUCGUAUAGGCGAAAUAACAAGUUGCUCAAUUUUAUGAAGGACUGUAACGAUUCGGUUGGUCUUAUUUUAAAAUAUCCACAAAUUGAAAAAAUUAAAAAUAUAACAUUUAAAGUACCAUCUGAAAUUGCCCCUGCAAUUAGAAGGAAUAUCGGUUCAUCCAUUAUAUAUGAAGAUAAGUUUGAUAGGAGCGAUUAUCACCCAAAUGUUCAAAAUUUACAUAUGGGAAAAAUAUAUGAAAAUCAUGUUUUUAGUCUACUGAAAAAUAAAAAGAAAUUGGGAAAGAAAUUAUUCAACAAAAGUAACAUAUAUAAAAAAUAUAAAUACAAUAAUAACAAUGGCUUUUGGAUAAGUAACAUUGACAAGAAUCGAUUAGUUGACCCUGAAAAAAACGGUAGCUAUAUAACAGAACUGGUAUAUGAAAAAAAUAAUUCAUAUGAUGAAGAAGUGAAAACGUUAAUGCAUUGUAAAGGCCACAAUGUUAUUCCUCCUAUAGAAGAAUUAUACAAAGACAAUAAUUUUUAUUUAUUCUUACAAAAGGAAAAAAUGUAUCAUCCUUAUUUCAACCCAGUGAUGGCAACUACUAUGCGUAGAUAUGAUGUAGAAGGGGUAUCAGACUACAAAUAUCUUGAUACGUGUGAAUGUAUAACACCCUUUAUUCAGCAAUCAUAA